AUGACGACGCUUGGAACAGCUGCGCUGACCCCAGUCGCAGUUGCUCCGCUCUACAGAGAUCGACAGAAGCCAGCAGCGGAGGUGGUGUUCCACUUCUUCGGCGGCAAGUCGGACGGGCGGAAGGUGCGCGAGGCGAUGAACCGGCUGGUGGAGCGCGGCCGCCUGGCCGACGUGCCGCUCGUCCGCACCGCACUCGCCUUCCGGCAGGAGCCGACGCUGCUGCUGCAGUUUCUCAUUCUUCGGUUACAGGAAGUCAAAGUGAAUCAGAAGAAUCCAGUCAGAGAGAAUGAAGAGUUCAUCGUAUCCUGUAUCGCCCAGGGCUCCUCGCACAUGACCUUCACCUGGUUCAAGGAUGGUGUAUUUGUUAACCACAGCAAGUCCAUCAGGAAUAUGUGGACGAAGCUGAUACCUAUGGGAUCAGAAGACCAGUACAACGCAAUGCUUGGAAUUGAGAGUGCCACUCCUUUGGACGCCGGUUGGUACACGUGCCAAGUCGUCGACUUGGAGGUGCAACAGUGCAAGUCUGUAUACGUCGAGGUGCUGUCUCAGCCACAAGUCAAGAUCUCCCCUAUGAGCGUAACGGUGGAACGGGGAGAAGACGUGACAGUGAAGUGCAUGUCAACGAGCAGCUACCAGCGGCAUGAGAAGUAUGGCUACAACUGGACAAAGAACAAGGCUCUGUUCCCCAUGAUGCGAAACAAAAUUAUCUGGGAAGAUUUGUAUCCAUCCGGGAGCAUCCUCAAGAUCUUUAAAGCGCAAAAAUCAGCAAUAUUCGACUGCCAGGUGCAAGGCAGCGUGGCGAGCAACUCGGCGAGCGUUACGGUGGAGGUGGUGAACAAGUCUGUGGUGGCGCUGAGCGCCGUGCCCUGCCCCGCCACCCACGCGGGCCGCGCCGCCACCCGCCGAUGCGUCCUCACCGACACUCACCGCGCCUCCUGGCAGCGCCCCGACUUCUCGCAGUGCCGCCGGCCCGCGCUCGCCCACAUCCACAGGAAGACGCCUCUAUCACUGCUGGGACACAAAACAUUGCGUGCCACCCAUGGGUACCAUGGCAGUCCAGCAAUUGCUACCUUCCCAGGAGUACGAUGUGAGAACCCACCCAUCCCUGUCCUCGCCAUAGUAUAUACAGAAGAAUUCUAUGUCUGGAUGAGAUCUGAUAUCCUCACAGUAACCGCCAUCAGCCUCGCCAUCUCCAACCAGAGUGCCCGGAAAUACGGCGAUGCAGCAGCAGCAGCUGUGGCUGCAAGGGCGCACAGUCAGCAGCCGCAGGCCGUCGCACUGGGAAAUGCCGGGAUAUUCACCUCGCCCGUCAUCUUUAUCUUGUUGACUUUGGGAUAUCAAAACACAACUGGAGCAGAAACACUCGCUGACACAUUAGCUCUCCUCAAAAAACUAACCAGGCUAUUACCAGGUGAAGGAGAGCAAGUCUUGGAUUUGCUUCAUGACGUUCAAAGCUACUUGAAUCAAACAAAUUUCCUCGAUGACAUUCUGGCUUCUGUGAAUGACUUCUACGAAAUAAUAAGUAUAUUACUGGAUAAUCCAUUUUCCAUCCAAAAUCCUGAGAAAAUCGUACAGUUACAGGAACUUGUGAAUCAAGAAAGUAUUAUAUGGGGCUCAUUUCUGAUCCCGAUGAAGACAUAUAAACUGCAAUUAAGUUCAAUUGAGCUAAUCGUCUCUCCAUUUAAGACUACAUCACUUACGGGAAAAACUUUUCAGAAACAUUUCACCAGCACUUCCACAACAGUACUUAAUAAGAUGACUAUUUACAUUGAUGCUCUGAAAAGAAGAGCAUACUUGAAUGGAACUUACUGCAUUGCUGUAGUUAUCUACAGAAACCUAACAAGGUUUCUUCCUGCAAGAUACUCCUGCAAGUUGGGGGAUGGGACUGAAAUGGAGUAUGAAAUCAAUUCACAAGUUGUAACAGUCCAACUGGGACAUGGCAGAUCAUUGCUCCAUCCGGCUCCUGGUACCUUCCAAGUGGACCUUGAAAUGGAACAAGUGAUAAAAGAAUACAACCCUUUAAGAUGGAAGAGUACUUGCGCAGUGACAAGCGUUGCUCAGGUUGAGCAUUCUUGGAAUAUAGAAGGCUGUAAGACACACAAUGGAGCCAACAACGUUUCCAGCUGUCGUUGCUAUCAACCUGGAAGUUUUGCCAUCCUCAUGACGUCUCAUAAUGCAGUGCUUACUUCUGCUCCUACUAUCAACCAACACCUGAUUCCUUUGGUGGGCUGUAUUGUAUGUUUGCUGCAAACUAUGAUGACACUAGUUCUGCUUCUACCCCAUUGGUGGUAUCAUCAAAACUGUCUUGUGUUCCUGAAACUACAAUGUAGUUUAGCUGUCAUGGCCGCAAUGAUUACAUUUGUAUACGUCUUUCAAGGAAGUGUUGGCAAGGAGUUCUUUCCAUACGUAACUACUAGUUUAGAAGCAUUUAUGUUGAUUGGUAAUUCAUCACACAUCAGCAAAUUGCUAAUUGUGUACACUGAAGUGGUCAAAAUUCCAAAGGUGAAACAUCUUAAACAAACUGUAAUUUGCAUCAUAACAGGUGUUCCAGUUCUGGCACUUCUUUGCAGUCACUUAGUGCAUCAUUCAACAGAUUGGAACUUAAACUCCUGGUGGCUCAUUAUUGGAAGCACUACAUUCAAUAUAUUUAUAACUUCGAUCACAAUAAUGCUUCUUUUAUUUGCAUUCCUGUAUUUCAUGGUUAUCAGAAAACUUUCCAAUUACUCACGAGAAAGACACUCAGGAACCAAGAGUGUUAAAUAUCGAACUGGUCUUCUAAAGAGAGCUGGGAUCAUAUUUCUCAUGAUGGUCAUUGUGGAAAUUUCAAGUAUACUGUACAUCAAUCUCCAGACUGUGACAUAUCAUUAUGUGUUCAGCGUUUCAACAAGCUUGCUGGGCUUCUCAGUACUAGUAUGCUACAUUAUAUCAAGUGAAUGUCCACUACAUACAAAAUUGCUUCAUAAGCUAAAGUUAGUGAAAACAGCAGAUGUGGAUUUCAGCUCUGAUUCAUUAAACAGCCCUCUUCGAUUUUUCAUGAAGCAAGAAGCUGAUUUAGAAAGCACUGCAGCACCCCAACAUCGAGUAUCUGAACACCAAGAUGGAUCAUGUGAAAGGUCAGGAGAAGAUGAUGGUCUGCUGGUGCUGGAAGAAAGGCAACACAGACCAGUUACUACUGAAGGAGAUCCUAGCACUGUGGAGACCUACAUGACAGAUGAAGAUAUUGACUUGGAAGGGUACAGCAGCAGUCCUCGCAGAUACACCCAGUGCAGAUUUGUGUCAUCCCCUCAACAGGAAACUGCAGUUUCCUACAUAAACAGAACCUCUUCAACCACAGAAGCGAACAUUCAUGCUGAGGUUGAUACAACUGUACAUGAAACUGAAGCCAUACCUGAUAACAAUGAUAUUUCAGAGGACAAAGAACAAGAAAAACCAUACAGUGAUCACAGUGCAGAGCAUUCAGAAAAUGUUAUGGAUAGAAUAUCACAUGAUCUGGAUUACUUAUUGAACAGGUGGCCCCCAGACCACCGUGUGAGUAGGUUUUCAAUUAGCAGUACAAUUCAGGAAGAGGAUGAAGAAGAUGAAGAUUUGCAGGUCUAA